UGCUAGUUAGUUAGGUUUGGUUAGGUUUUUAACCUGUCGCCAUGGAUGGAUCUCGAUUCAUUGCAAGGUGAAGGAGAAGGGCUCAAGAGCAGCUGAAGAAGAAGAAUGACGGGACCAUCCAUUCGUUCGUGCAGCAGCUUGACUGGCUGACGCCGCUUCGUCUCCCUUAAAUUCGUUGCCCUUCGCUCUCCUCCACUCCUGACUCCUCCAACCACCAGCUUGUCUCCGCCACCAGCAGCGGCAGCAAUGCGGCCUCCUGUCCUCCUCCUCGUCUUCUUCUUCCUCCUCCUCGGCGCCUUGCCAAGAGCGGUUCUUUGCCGCCGCCACGCGUCGCCGCCGCUCGCCACCGAGACGCUCGACGUCGCCGCCUCGCUGUCCCGCGCGAGGGCCGCGGUGUCCACGGAGGCCGUGUCGCUCCACCAGUCCGCCGCCGCCGUCGAGGUUGUGGGGGAGCAUGAGGAGGGGCUGGGUUUGCGGGUUCACUCCAGGGACUUCUUGCCGGAGGAGCAGGGGAGGCACCAGAGCUACAGGUCGCUCGUGCUGGCUCGCCUCCGCCGCGACUCGGCGCGGGCGGCGGCGGUGUCGGCGCGCGCGGCGAUGGCGGCGGAGGGGCUGACCCGGGCCGACCUGAUGCCGGCGAACGUGACGGCGUUCGAGGCGUCGGCGGCGGAGAUCCAGGGCCCCGUGGUGUCCGGGGUGGGGCUGGGCAGCGGCGAGUACUUCUCCCGCGUCGGGCUGGGCAGCCCGGCGCGGCAGCUGUACAUGGUGCUCGACACCGGCAGCGACGUCACCUGGGUGCAAUGCCAGCCGUGCGCCGACUGCUACCAGCAGUCCGACCCGGUGUUCGACCCCUCCCUCUCCACCUCCUACGCCUCCGUCGCCUGCGACAACCCGCGCUGCCACGACCUCGACGCUGCCGCCUGCCGCAACUCCACCGGCGCGUGCCUCUACGAGGUCGCCUACGGCGACGGCUCCUACACCGUCGGCGACUUCGCCACCGAGACGCUCACGCUCGGCGACUCCGCCCCGGUCUCCAACGUCGCCAUCGGCUGCGGCCACGACAACGAGGGGCUCUUCGUCGGCGCGGCGGGGCUGCUCGCCCUCGGCGGCGGGCCGCUCUCCUUCCCGUCCCAGAUCUCCGCCUCCACCUUCUCCUACUGCCUCGUCGACCGCGACUCCCCCUCGGCGUCCACCCUCCAGUUCGGCGACUCCGCCGCCGCGGAGGUGACGGCGCCGCUGAUCCGCAGCCCGCGCACCAGCACGUUCUACUACGUGGGCCUCUCCGGCAUCUCCGUGGGCGGGCAGACCCUCUCCAUCCCGCCCUCGGCGUUCGCUAUGGACAGCACGGGCGCCGGCGGCGUCAUCGUGGACUCCGGCACGGCCGUGACCCGGCUCCAGCCCCAGGCCUACGCGGCCCUCCGCGACGCGUUCGCCCGCGGCACCCAGUCCCUGGCGCGGACCUCCGGCGUGUCGCUGUUCGACACGUGCUACGACCUCUCCGACCGGACGAGCGUGGAGGUGCCGGCGGUGGCGCUGCGGUUCGAGGGCGGCGGCGAGCUGCGGCUCCCCGCGAAGAACUACCUGAUCCCGGUGGACGGCGCCGGGACGUACUGCCUGGCGUUCGCGGCGACGAACGCGGCGGUGUCCAUCAUCGGGAACGUGCAGCAGCAGGGGACGCGCGUCAGCUUCGACACGGCCAAGGCCACCGUCGGCUUCACCUCCAACAAGUGCUAGCUAGCUACUGCUCCAGUGAGUGAUUAGUACUACCAGCUAAGACGGAUUAGCGCUAAUUAGCCUGAUCAAGGAAGUAGUAAUCUCGGUGAUUAAAAUUAUAAAUUAAGAGCCGCCGCGUGUGUGGUGCCCAGCGGUCAGGGUCCUCGGCUUCGGGAGAGACGAAAGGCGAGCGAGGACGGGACAAACGCCAGCCUGUCCUGCUCUGCUUGUCGCUGCCUGGUGCUGCUGCUGGCUGUGGGGCCCCUCUCCUCUCUCUACUUCUCUUCUUCUCCAGUAGUCCAGUGUGCUGCCUCUUUGAUGUCUCGGCAAAGACGCAAAUUCGAAUC